AGGGGAAUCUCAACUUUAAAGCGGUUACAUACCUUGGCUUUUACACACUAUCUUCUACCCGAACUUGUCGCCGCCGCUUCUUAUAACCGUGAGAACCCGCUGUUAUCUGCCCUGUAGCCGUAUUGCCGCUAAUCCUUUCGGAUACCAGGCUAGACAAAGGCCUUUAUAUAUUACUGCCAGCUUCUCUUCGUACUCUGCCUAGCUCUUUAUAGAUAUUUUCUAACUUACUCAAUAUACCCCCAUCAACUCUAUUAAAUAUUAACCAAAACAAGCCUCCUCGUCGGAACUCAAGAUCCGAGGCAAUUGACUAUAUACUCUAACGGAGCGAAUCUCGAAGUCGCUAUUCAGAACACAAAGGAUAUAUAAUCAUGGCAACCACCGACAGCAUCCUGCAAGGUGUAUCCAUCUCUGGCGCUGUGCAGCCAGAGCAUAAAAAGAUCCUAACACCACAGGCGUUGGCCUUCCUAGCACUACUCCACCGAUCCUUCAAUGGCACUCGCAAGACACUACUAGAGCGUCGCGUCGCACGUCAAGCUGAGAUCGAUAAAGGCAACUUACCAGAUUUCCUACCCGAGACAAGACACAUCCGUGAGAAUCCGACAUGGAAAGGCGCGCCACCGGCUCCGGGUCUUGUCGACCGAAGAGUAGAGAUCACGGGCCCUACCGACCGCAAGAUGGUCGUAAAUGCGCUGAACUCAGAUGUAUGGACUUAUAUGGCGGAUUUCGAAGACUCAAGCGCCCCGACGUGGGACAACAUGAUCAACGGCCAAGUAAACUUGUACGACGCCGUGCGACGGCAGGUUGACUUCAAGCAAGGCGCGAAAGAGUACAAGCUACGAACAGAUCGCGUGCUCCCCACACUGAUCGUGCGGCCGCGAGGAUGGCAUCUCGACGAGAAGCACGUCACAGUAGACGGAGAGCCGAUCUCAGGCUCUCUAUUCGACUUCGGCCUGUACUUCUUCCACAACGCGCAGGAGUCCGUCAAGCAGGGCUUCGGCCCGUACUUCUACCUACCCAAGAUGGAGUCGCAUCUAGAAGCGCGUCUCUGGAACGACGUAUUCAACCUAGCGCAGGACUCGGUCGGCGUCCCGCGCGGCACGAUCCGCGGGACGGUCCUCAUCGAGACGAUCCUAGCCGCCUUCGAGAUGGACGAGAUCAUCUACGAGCUGCGCGACCACAGCUCGGGGCUCAACUGCGGCCGCUGGGACUACAUCUUCAGCACCAUCAAGAAGUUCCGCCAGAACAGCGGGUUCGUCCUGCCGGACCGCAGCGCGGUUACCAUGACGGUCCCGUUCAUGGACGCGUAUGUCAAGUUGCUGAUUCAGACGUGCCAUAAGCGUGGUGUCCAUGCUAUGGGCGGCAUGGCGGCGCAGAUCCCGAUUAAGGACGACAAGGAGGCGAAUGAUAAGGCGAUGGAGGGCGUGAGGGCUGAUAAGCUGCGGGAGGUGCGCGCUGGUCAUGACGGUACCUGGGUAGCACACCCGGCUCUAGCAUCUAUUGCCUCCGAAAUUUUCAACAAGCACAUGCCGACGCCGAACCAGCUGUUCCGGCGACGCGAGGACGUUAAAAUCGGUCAAAAUGACUUGCUCAACAUGAACGUCCCCGGCAAGAUCACCGAGGAAGGUAUCCGGAAGAACUUGAACAUCGGCCUGGGUUACAUGGAGGCUUGGAUCCGCGGCGUCGGCUGCGUGCCUAUCAACUACCUGAUGGAGGACGCCGCCACAGCCGAAGUUUCCCGCUCGCAGCUCUGGCAAUGGGUGCGCCACGGGGUGACCACGGCCGAGGGCAAGAAAGUCGACAAGGCGUACGCGCUGAAGCUCCUAAAGGAGCAGACGGACCAGCUCGCCGCCAACGCGCCCAAGGGCAACAAGUUCGGCCUCGCGUCGCAGUACUUCGCGGGCCAGAUCACGGGCGAGGACUACGCGGACUUUUUGACGAGUCUGCUGUACGACGAGAUUACUGCGGUGGGGAAUGCGGCGCCUGCUAGUAAGCUGUGAGGUGAGAUUGAUGGGGAUGGGAUAUGGUGUGGUUGAUAUAAUGGAGAGGAUGAAAAACGCGCUGUGAGGUAUCGUAUCGUAAUGUGACGGGACGGCGUCUUGUAUGUAUGCUAUUACGAAGGGUAUGAUAUUUUAAAAAUGCGUGGUUUGCGCGUCCGUUUGCAAUUGAUUCUCGUCUGGCAUGGACUUGGACCUUUGCGUGAGAUAUGUGCAUUUGUUUCCUUGUAAGUCGGGUGUACGAUACUUAGAAUUGGUCCUGUCUCUUUGGUCUUGUGCAUGGUUUCCGGUGUGGCUUAUGAGAGAGGCAUUAUAGGAGAGACGCUGUUU